CUACAUUUUUUCUUGAAGCUCAAAACUUCUCGACCUCCUACCAUUGCAUUGCAGUUCGUUCCCAACACCACACUGCACAAUCCCAUUCCAAAGCGCCACCGCUUUCUCCGGGCAACCACCACCAAUGAGUUUCCAAAAAGGCUCUCGACCUUCUUCUCCCUAUUCUCCCUCGUCCCCUUCCUCUCCUCCUUCCUACAUUCCACCCCACCGUACCCAGCUGCACCCUCGCAUGAUCUCCCUCUACACUUCUUCUCCUUCUUCUUCUUCCACUCACACAAAUCCAAAUCCCAACAAACCCCACACCGGAAAAUGCCUUCUCUUCCUCUUCGCCUUCCUCUUCUUCACCGCUCCCUUCCUCUUCUACCUCUUCUCCACCGCCCUCCAAAUCCACUCCUCCCCCAAAUUCGCCGAUUCUCGCCCCGUCUCUUUCGCCCUCGCUUUCCGGGCCGGCCCCGACGCUCUCCGCCUCUCCGUCUACCACUUUCUUGGCCCCGGCCUCAGCCUCCUCGCCGCCGCUCACUCCGCCGCCGCUGUUCCCGGCUUCGAUGCCCCGCCCGACGCCCUCCGUGGCGCCGUCGCCGAGCUUGUCCGGUUCGCCAAGGGCAAGGUGCCUCACCGGGAGUGGGGGAACACCGUCGUGCGCCUCGCGGCGUCCGAGGAGCUCGAGCAGCUCGGCUCCGAGGAAGCAGAGAAGGUUCUGGAAUGUUGCAGACGGGCCUUGAAGGCGUCCGGGUUCCUGUUCAAGGAUGAAUGGGCACGCGUCGUUUCAGGGGAGGAACAAGGCAUCUCUUCUUGGGUUGCAGUAAAUUAUGCUCUUGGAAACUUGGGACGCGAGCCUCAGGAAACAACUGGAAUAGUUGAACUUGGUGGGGCUUCUUUGCAGGUUGCAUCAACUAAACUUAAUGCAGAUUUAGCUCACUCUUUGCGAACUAUAAGAUUGUCUGGGGUUACAUACAACCUUUACACUUGGAGUUUGCCACAACUGGGUCAGGAUGUGGCAUGGAAAUCAUUAGAGGAGAGACUGAAAUAUAGAGAGUUGAAGCUUUCUUCAAAAUCUAGCAAAAGAAAUAUCACCAAUGCUUGCAUUCCUAGAGGGUAUGAGUACCCUCAAAUCUCUGAUGCAAGUUAUGUAAAACACCCAAUCUUUCAACCAGCUGGAAAUUUCACUACAUGCAAAUCAGAAGCUUUCUCAUUGUUAAAAAGAACAGAAGCUUCAAAAUCUAGCAAAAGAAAUAUCACCAAUGCUUGCAUUCCUAGAGGGUAUGAGUACCCUCAAAUCUCUAAUGCAAGUUAUGUAAAACACCCAAUCUUUCAACCAGCUGGAAAUUUCACUACAUGCAAAUCAGAAGCUUUCUCAUUGUUAAAACGAACAGAAGAUAGAUGCCUUCACCCAGCAUGUAAAAUCACUUCAUCCUUCUCUGAGUUAUUAGGCGAACAAGAUUCAAAAAGCUUCUUGUAUACUUCAGAGAUUCUUAGGAUGGCUCCUAGGACUUCUUUGUUUCAAUUAGAGGAAGCAGGCCGACAUUACUGUGAAGAUCAUUGGGAUGCUCUCAAAGAUCAACAUAAUCAAAUUGAUUAUCUUGAUUUAUUGCAGUAUUGUUUCUCUUCUGCAUAUAUGCUGGCUCUAUUGCAUGAUGUUCUUGGAAUUGCUAUGGAAGAGAAAAGGGUUGGAUUUGGGAACGAGAAGAUUAACAGUCAUGUAGAUUGGACACUUGGAUCCUUCAUAAUUGAAACAAUGGGAGAACCUCUUGAAUUGGAACAUAUAGAUACAGGGAUGAUAGUAGGGAAUGAAUCAGUAACAUAUUUUUCAUUAUUUGCAUUUCUUUUCUUAAUCAUACUUGCUGCAUUCUUUGUUAUGCAAUGGAGAAAGCCACAAUUGAAGACGGUAUAUGACCUUGAGAAGGGACACUAUAUUGUUACAAGAAUACGUAGGUGAUACUGUAUCCUCUGCCUAGAAUUUGUUGGGUUCAGCUUUUCUCAUUUGUCAAGAGCAUGCAAAAUUAUGUGCGUUUUAUGUUCAUCCAAAUCUCAGAAAGUCUAAGGUCCAGAGCAACAAUGAAAUUUACUUCGCAGACUACAGCCCCAGCUAUGACACAGAAAGGACCAUUGUCUGGAAUAUGUGGAGCUAGCUCAUUGACUUUUGCUUGUUUCAUAAUUGUAUUUUUUUUUUUUCUUGUUUUUGUCUUCCAGAUGUGGGAGAGGGAAGGUGGAAGAGAUGCCUUAAAGUCUGGAACUUUAUAUUUAGUAAUCAACGGGGAUGUGCGGCUAGAUGGAUGGUUACGAUCAGAUUAUAAAAAUUAGAUAGGUCUUACAUUUUAUCGAGUAUAUAUUCUAAUGUUAAUUGCUUGUUAUGAACAAUUUUGUCAAAUUAAUCUUUUCUUUAAUCAUAAUUUGUCCUUUAGAUGCUUUA